AUGACCGAACCCACGCGCCGUCAGACUGUCCCCUUGACCUGCCAUGGCCACUCGCGGCCUGUCACCCACUUGAGCUUCUCACCGCUCGAAAAGGAAGAUUCCUACUACAUGAUCUCUUCCUGCAAAGAUGGUAACCCAAUGCUCCGCGACGGUCAAACUGGUGAUUGGAUUGGCACAUUUCUAGGACACAAGGGAGCUACAUGGCAGGCGAGGCUUAGCCCUGAUGCGUCGACCGCUGCGACCUCUUCUGCCGACUUUAGCGCCAAGAUUUGGGACACCCACACUGGCGAACUGCUCUUUGUCCUCCAGCACGCCCAUAUUGUCCGCGCCAUUGCCUAUCCUUACGAUAACUCCGGGCUGCUGGCAACUGGUGGAUACGAGAAGAAGCUUCGCAUCUUUGACCUGGCGGAUCAAAGGCCCGCUACUUCCCCAUCAGGCACCACUCCCGAACCAGUCACGAUUGAUGCAUCCAAGGCCUUCGAGAUUGGUGAAGGGAUACACAAAGACAUCAUCAAGUUUAUCGUUUGGGCUCGUGACCCCAACGUAAUCAUUACUGCGUCUGGCGAUACCCUCCGCUGGUUUGAUCUCCCCUCUCGUCGCUGUGUACGGGAGGCGAAGCUGGAGGGCGAGAUCAAGUCUUGCGAGCUGGUUUCCCUUGCGCCUUCGCACAGCGCCCCCACCGACAUCGGCGGCGGCCUCCCUGUGCUUGCGGUAGCUGCGGGCAAGACUGCCUACUUUUGGGGUGGGAGUCGGGCUGAAGACGAGCUCAAGAGGAUUACACUCCCACAUGGCAUUGCCAGUGUUGGGCUGGACCUGAAGGGCAGGAAGUUUGUUGUUGGCGAGGAGCCGGGUACUUGGGCUCGCGUCUAUACCUGGGAUGAGGGCAAGGAGAUCGAUGUACACAAGGGCCACCACGGCCCUAUCUGGUCCAUUGCAUUUUCUCCCGACGGCAAUCUGUACGCAACAGGGUCUGAGGAUGGCACGAUCAAGAUGUGGAAGAAUUGCGACGGCUAUUACGGGCUCUGGCCGAAGGAGCACUCUUCCACACAGACGGCGAGUGUACUGAAGGAUAUCACUAACCACGGCGUUACUUCGGCUGAUGUUCCUGAUCUCCUCAGCUUUGCGGUUCCGGGCACAUCGGCCGCGAAUCCUCACUCUGAUCUUCUGCUCAGCUAUUCGCCAAACAAGUACGAUAAGCCCCUGUCACCAGUCCGUCUGAGGCACUACGCCAAUAAGGCAUCUCCUCUCAGGUUUGAGAUUGAUGUCGAGUCGCCCUCUGAUACCAAUUCCGACCUUUUGCUCAGCUAUUCGCCGAAUAACUCCUGGAUUGGCGAGGUCUUCUGA